AUGUGCUGGUGGAAAGUGAUGGCAGCCCUUUUGCUCUGCUCACUGCUGCUCAGCCAGACCCAGGGCAUGCCCCAGCCCCAGCCCCAGCCCAGGCUCGCCAGGCAGCGGAGGAUGACACCCUUCUGGAGAGGAGUGUCCCUGAGACCCAUCGGAGCCUCCUGCAGGGACAACAGCGAGUGCAUCACGAUGCUCUGCAGGAGGAAUCGCUGCUUGCUCAGCGCAGCCUCGGCGUGA